UUUUCUCAUUAUAAUCAAGCAAUGGACCAACUUAAUCUCUUAUGCGUAAUCUUCAUCUUGUUUGGUCAUGGCCUCAUCCAUGCUCGACCCGCGGAUUAUGGCUAUGGUGGUGGGUACGACAAACCUACAGACGGCCCCCUCAGCUUCGACUUCUACGACAAAUCAUGUCCCAAUUUGGGAAGGAUAGUUGGGUGGGGCGUUUGGGCAGCAUUCAAGAAUGACACAAGAAUAGCGGCCUCUCUCCUUCGUCUCCACUUCCACGAUUGUUUCGUUGAUGGAUGUGAAGGCUCAGUGCUUCUUGAUGACACUAAAGAUUUCAAGGGAGAGAAGAAUGCUUUCCCUAACCGGAAUUCGGCUAGAGGUUUUGAACUCAUCGACAACAUAAAGGCGGAUGUCGAAAAAGCUUGCCCUUCAGUCGUGUCGUGUGUCGAUAUAUUAGCUAUCGCGGCUAGAGAAGCUGUUGUUUUGUCGGGUGGCCCGUUUUGGUCCGUUGCUCUAGGGAGGCUGGAUGGGCUUACAGCAAGUGAGAAAUCAGCAAAUGAGCAGUUGCCUUCACCAUUUGAGCCUCUUGUAAACAUCACUGCAAAAUUUGUGGCAAAGGGACUUGAUGCCAAGGACAUGGUAGUGCUAUCAGGUGCUCACACAAUUGGAUUUGCUCAAUGCUUCACAUUCAAGAGGAGACUAUUCAACUUCAAAGGUUCCGGCAAAGCUGAUCCAUCUCUUGACACUCCAUUUCUCUCCAAUCUGCAAACAUCUUGCCCUAAUUCGGACGCAUCGAACUCCAAACUCGUCCCUCUCGACGCCCAAACCAUAGCCAGAUUCGACAACAAUUAUUACAAGAACAUUGUCAACAACUCCGGCCUCCUUGAGUCCGACACAGCGCUCAUCACAGACCCUAAAACUGCAGCCAUGGUCAAGGCCUACAGCGCCGAUCCUUACCUCUUUGCGAAGGAUUUUGCCGCCUCCAUGAUGAAGCUCGGAAAGAUCGGUGUUCUAACCGGACAGGCUGGACAAGUUAGGAAGAAAUGUGGCUUGCUCAACUAGUUUUAUUAGAUCCAAUUAAAUAAUAUGGUUAUUGCAUGCAUCCAUGUGUGUGUAGUGAAAUAGGAUUCUGUUUAUUUUCUAUGUUAGUUUUGUGAGAAAACUAACAUGGCAUUGUGCAUGUGAGUUAAUGUAUAUAAAUAAUCAAAGCUACCAAGGAAUAUAGUUGCAUACAUAU